AUGUUUAUCCAUCUGUACGUGGCGGGGAAAAGGCAAAAGAAAACAAGCCUUCACCUCAUGGGGGUCAGGCAAGAAAAGAACGAAAGUCUAGCCGACUACAUUAAAAAAUUCAACGAGGAAUCACUGAAGGUGUCUGAUCUACAGGAUGCGGUAGCCUUCGCCACUCUGAUGUCCGGGCUUCAGCCUUGCCGGCUUAAAUGGUCCUUGUCAGAAAGUGAAGUCAAAACCUUCUCCGAGGCCAUGACAAAGGCUCACGGGUUCUUCCCAGCGAUAGACAUAUGCCGCCAUUUGGAUGAUGGGAGUAAGAAGAGAAAAGGAGAAGGCAAUCACAAGGACCAUCCCAGACAACAAAAAACAGGGGACUGGUCGGACCGUUUCAGCGACCACGGCCACGACCCCCGAUUCAGCAAGAACCGAAGGGAGAUCUAUCUAGACAUCAAAGACAAGUCCAUGCUUCCCCUCCCAACCCCCAUCAGGACAUCAGCAUAUCGGCGGGAUAAAAACCACUGGUGUGAGUAUCACAGGGAGUGUGACCACACAACCAAAGACUGUCGGGAACUGAAAAAAGGGUUAGACAAUCUGGCUGAUCAAGGCAAGCUAAACCGCUACCUUAAGCACACCAACGAGGAAAAGGACCAGCAGAAGGUUGUGUUUGCUUAUGAGGCUUCAGAAAUGCCCGGACUUGAUCCCAAGAUCAUGUGGCACGAGCUGAACAUUAAAGAAGGGUUUAAGCGGGUUAAACAAAAGCUGAGGCAUCAAGGUCCUGAAAGAAGUGCAACCGCGGCAGUAGAAGUCAAGCUACUUGAAGCAGGAUUCAUAAAAGAAUUCCAGUACUGA